AUAUGGAAAAAGUGUACAGUAAACCAUUGUUAACUUUAAUAAUCGUUUUUGCAUAAGGCCCUUUAACUUUAAACAGCGUUGCCAAAUUAGCGCUUUUGGCGCUAGAUUUAUCAUUUUUAAUAGCCCAAAAGUCGCAUUUUUCCUUAGCGCUUUUUCAGAAAAAGGCCAACGAAUUUGUGUUCCUUAUAAAUUAUUUGUAAUUAAUAUAAAAACAAAUAUUCUUAAAGAGACAACUUCUUUUUCAUUUGUGUUUUUUAAAGUUUUUAAUUAAUUGUUUGCUUUGAAUUAAAGUAAUUUAGAACAAAAAACAGUAAUAAUUAAAGAAAAUUUUUUGGGCUUAAAAGUCAUCACAACUUAUUCCAAUUGUAUUAAUUCCUCGUCAUAGUUAAAAGGUCGUUUUACGUAGUAAAUAUUUCUAUAAUUAUUGUUAGAAAUUUAUUAAUAAUAAAAACAACAAUUUUGGCCGAACGUUAUGUGCAGAAAUACAGAAAAGCGUGGGAGUCUGAUCCACUUUUUAAAAAAGGUUGAAGCCAUUGUUAAAGGAUGACACAAGAGCCAUAUGUAUUUACUGCAAAACACUGAUAAAUGCAAAACGAUCUGAUCUGUUAAGGCACAUGAACACCGCAAAGCACCAAAAAACGAUUAAACCCUUUCAUGAAACGGAAUUAAUACACAACCAAAUUUCGUUUACAAAAAUUGCCACGGAAAAACAAAACAGCCAGGCUAUGCUUGCGCUUUUUAUAGCCGUUCACAAUUCCCUUUUAUCAGUAAAUCAUCUAGGGGCCUUAUGCAAUUCAGCAUUUAAAGACAGCAAGGCCGCAAAUUUUAGUUUGCAUCGCACAAAAUCUACCAAUAUUAUAACAAAUGUUUUGGCACUGCAUUUUGUUGACAAUUUGUUAGAGGUAAUUGGUGAUUCAAGUUUUAGCCUCAUAUUGGAUGAAGGUACUGAUAUUCCAGUGGAAAAACUAUUAGACGUUGUAAUACGAUAUUACAGUAGAGAUAAAGAACAGUUUAUUACUACAUUUCUGGGAUUAAUUGAUUUAGAAGGUGGAAAAGCUGAUGAUCUGUUAAAAGGUUUGGAACGAUUAACAAUAUUAUUUAAAUUGGAUUUAACAAAACUUUUAGCCAUUGGUACGGACAAUGCUGCCAUAAUGGUCUUAACAGAAAAAUUAAAGAAAAAUAUAAUUAAAAAAAUCUCGUCUUAAUUAGAUGUGUUUGUCAUUCCUUGCAAUUAGCUGUGUAUGCGGCAGCAUAAUAACAUUUUCCUGCUAAAACUUUAUAGCAAAAGAAAGUCAUAAUUGGGUUUUUAACUCAUCUGUUAGACAGAAAA